CAGUGCUGAUUUAUUGUGCAUCAUUUCAUGUGCUAUGAAAUAUGUGGAGUAUAUGAAUUUACAAAAUCAUGUUGGUCCAACUGUUCAACAGUUGGGAAAGUUUAUUAGAGAGGGCUGGUGGCCAAAGUGAAACAGAGUACCACAAAAUUCCAGAGACAUGAUGCUUCUAAGCCAAGCACCGGGUACAGCUCUCUCGACCACUCUUCCAUCUCCUCUCAAAUUCGCCCACCCAAAUCCAACUUUGUUCGCUAACAAUCGAAAAGCCAGAUUUUGCUCUACCAGAAGUCGUACCAAGCGUCUUAAUCUCACUCUUGCGAAGGCUGAUGGAGGGGUCGACUCUGGCUCUGCAACCAAGCAAACUCCUCCCCAUCCUCCUCUUUUCACAAGUGACGAAACCCUUUUUGUGGGUCAAGAGAGUGUUCCUUUGGAGGGUGUCAUCCAGUUUGAGAAAACAAGCUCAUCUUCGCGAAUAGACAAAUGGGGUCGCGUGGCUCUGCUUGCUGGCGGGGAUGUGCUGGCAUUGUUUUUAUUCUCUGCAAUUGGGAGAUUCAGCCAUGGGUUAUCUGUUUUUGACCUAGAAACUCUCCGUACAGCUGACCCUUUUAUUGCUGGUUGGUUUUUGAGUGCAUACUUUAUCGGGAGUUAUGCAGAGGAUGGCCGAGGAAUGAAUGGUUUGUCCAAGGCUGUUACGGCUGCUGCCAAGUCAUGGGCUUUGGGGAUUCCAUUAGGAUUAAUUAUAAGGGCAGCAACAUCUGGUCAUAUUCCACCAUAUAUGUUUAUCAUAGUGACAAUGGGGAGCACUGCUGUUUUACUUAUUGGAUGGAGAACACUAUUCUUCAGUGUUUUUCCCAAUGGUAAGGACAAGAAGGAUGAUGUAUACCGACGUGGCAGUCCAUUUGAACUAUUUGAGUUGCUUACGUCAUUAGUGAGAAGGUGGUGACUGGCAGCCAUUUUUCAUGCUUGUAGCUAGAUCUGAGACAUCAAUCGUUUCGACUGUUGAACUAUACAUUGUACUUAUCAGCUGUAAUUGUAGCAGGUAAGGAUAAUGUCGAGUUGAUAUUUAUGAAAUAUGAAUGACAGUAGAUAUUUCUUGUUCUUUAUUACUUUUCCUGAAACAUAUUUUCGAUUUAGUCUUUUAGCUCAAUUUUUAGAGAUGACCCAAGAUUGUAUAGCUUGUUA